AUGGUUGAGCAAAUUUCACUUCUGUUCUUCUUGACACUUCAACUAUCAGUAACCGUUGUAAUUUCAGCGGAAUUAACUAUAGUUAACCAAUGCAAUUACACAGUGUGGCCAGCUUCAUCAACUACCAGCGGAAACGCAACACCCACCGGAUUCAUUUUAAAUCCCGGCGAGAAUUCAACAAUCACAACAUCCGAUAAAUGGACCGGCCGUGUAUGGGGCCGGACUCUCUGCACAACAGAUUCCACUACCGGAAACUUCUCCUGUGGCACCGGCGAUUGCGGCUCAGGAAAGAUUGCAUGUGACAAAAGCGGAUCAGUGCCUUUGACGCUGGCGGAGUUCGGUUUGAACAGUUCCAACAAUCAAGAUUUUUACGAUGUCAGCUUAGUUGACGGUUAUAACGUUCCAAUGAAUAUUGUUCCGUUAAGUAGUUCAGGAAAGUGUAACACCACGGGUUGUCCUACCGAUCUCAACGCGGUGUGUCCGACGGAAUUGAAGGUAAUGAAAAAUGAAAAACUCGUGGCGUGUCAGGGUCCUUGUGCUGCUUUUAAUUUGCAGUUUUUCUGUUGCGUUGGGGAUCAUUCAACUCCAAAGACCUGUGAGCCGAGUGUGUAUGCUCAGAUAUUCAAGACGGUGUGCCCUGCAGCCUAUAGCUAUCCGUAUGACGAUUCCACCAGCACGUUCUCAUGUCCGGCGACUGAUUACCACGUCGUCUUUUGUCCCACCUCCACAAGCAGCAGCUUAGAUUUAGUAGAUCAAGGUGGCAGUGUGAGUCUUGGUGAGUCACUUAUUGCUGGUAGCGGAACAACUCGAUGGCUCUCUUCUUCUGGAGAUUUUGCAUUUGGGUUUUACCAACUUCCUGAUGAGCUUUUCUUACUAGCUAUAUGGUAUGACAAAAUACAAACUGAUACAAUCAUUUGGUAUGCAAAUGGAGACAAUCCAGCUGCUAAGGGAUCAAGAUUGGUAUUAAAUGAUUCUAGUGGUUUGGUGCUUACCAACCCUCAAGGUUUAGAGCUAUGGAGAUCAUAUUUCACAUCCGGUACAGUUUCUAAAGGUGUAAUGAAUGAUGAUGGAAACUUUCAAUUGCAAGACAAAAACUCUGUGGCAAUAUGGGAUAGUUUUAGUCAUCCUACUGACACAUUUGUGCCUAAUCAAGUAAUGGAGUUAAAUGGAAAUCUUUCUUCACGACAAGGAGCGUUCAACUUCUCACGAGGAAGGUUCAAACUUCAUUUACAAGAGGAUGGGAAUCUUGUGCUUAACCUUAUAAAUUUUCCGAGCAACUACAGUUAUGAUCCUUACUACAGUUCUGGUUCCAACGGUGAUGUUAAGAAUCAAACAGAUGUUGGACAACGUUUGAUAUUUGACAAAUCAGGUUUCUUAUACAUAGAGAAAAAAAGUGGAGAUAAUAUUUCUAUCAGCAAUCAGAAUGGGACAUUCUCAACUGAUAACUUCUACUACAAGGCAACAAUUAAUUAUGAUGGAGUUUUCACCAUAGCAUUUUACCCUAAAGAUCCAAAAAGAGGGCAGAGUUGGCUCAUUGCGAAGACGAUACCAGAAAACAUAUGCUUGUAUUCUACAUUCACAUUUGGUGAAUAUGUAUGUGGGUUUAAUAGCAUUUGCACCCUUACAAAUGACCAAAGGCCAAAUUGUACCUGCCCAGACGGAUAUUCUCUAAUUGAUUCAAACAGCAUGUAUGCUGGCUGCAUACCAAAUUUUCAAGUCAUUUGUCAAGCAGGUGGGAACUUGGGUUUGCAAAAUGAUAUGUAUACAAUGAAGGAAUUGCCAAAUACAGAUUGGCCGCAAUCUGAUUAUGAAAAAAUAAGUCCAUCUAGUUUGCAAGAAUGUAAGGAAUUGUGUUUGCAAGAUUGCUUAUGUGUUUUGGUUUCUUUCAGCCAAAGUUCUUGCUGGAAGAAGAAGCUCCCACUAUCUUAUGGAAGAAAAGAUCAGGUAGUAAAAGCAGUUUCUGUCAUGAAAUUGAUGAAAAAUGAUCCUUUUUCUUCCUUGACAAAUCAGAAGAAAGAUCACAAAACUUUGAUUAUUGUGAUUUCAGUUCUUUUAGGAAGCUCCGUGUUUGUCAUUUUGAUAUUACUUGGGUCCAUGUUUUUUGGGUUUCCUUACAACCGCAAGAAGAUCAAAAGUUGUAGAACCAACAAAAAUGUUGUUGACAGUAACUUGCGACAUUUUAGCUUUAAGGAAAUCGUUGAAGCAACAAGUAACUUUAGAGAUGAACUUGGAAGAGGUUCUUGUAGCAUUGUGUACAAAGGAACAAUAGAGAUGAUGGUCAAUGUAGCAGUUAAGAAACUUGAUAAGUUGCUUCAAGAUAGUGAUAAGGAAUUCCAGACUGAAAUGAGUGUGAUAGGACAAACUCAUCACAGAAACCUUGUUCGUCUUCUUGGAUAUUGCAAUGAGGGACAACAUCGGAUUUUGAUAUACGAGUUAAUGAGCAAUGGAACUUUAGCAAGCUUCCUUUUCACCUCUUUAAAACCAAAUUGGAACCAACGAUUCCAAAUUGUUCUUGGAAUUGCUAGAGGUCUUGUUUACUUGCAUGAGGGAUGUUGCACUCAAAUCAUCCAUUGUGAUAUUAAACCGCAAAAUAUACUUCUGGAUGAUCAAUACAAUGCUAGGAUUUCAGAUUUUGGAUUAGCAAAACUAUUGCUGAUUAACCAAAGCCACACCGAAACUGGAAUUAGAGGAACCAAAGGGUAUGUUGCGCCGGAUUGGUUUAUGAGUGCACCAAUCACUGCAAAAGUUGAUACUUACAGUUUUGGUGUAUUGUUGUUAGAGAUCAUUUGUUGUAGGAAAAAUGUAGAGAAGGAAUUUUUUACUGAAGAAAAAGGGAUUUUGACUGAUUGGGCUUAUGAUUGCUACAAGACUAAAAGACUUGACAAUCUUCUGGAAAAAGAUAAUGACGUAGGCAAUGGCAUAAUGAGUUUGGAAAAGUUAGUCAUGAUUGCUAUUUGGUGUAUUCAAGAAGAUCCUUCUCUUAGACCAACAAUGAAAGAGGUUUUACUGAUGUUAGAGGGAAUUGUUGAAGUUGUGGCUCCCCCAAGUCCCUAUUUCUAUGGUUCUGUAAGUUGUAGUUAA